AAGCCCCCUGUCCUGUUUCUGGGCUCUGACUUCGCACCAAACGACCAAGUACAUAUAAAAAUCUCCAAAACAAAUCCCAGAUUGGAUCUCUUUCCCUAUCUCCCCCCUUUCUUUCCUCAGCUCAUAGAUCUCUCUCUCCCAAUCUUUCCCGCGCCCAUUCUAUCUCAAUCUCCUCUUACAUAAUCUCAGGGGUUGCGUGGCUAAAUCUUUCUACUGGUGUUUUGAGUACUUUUGACAUCUGGACAAGACUUGGAAUAUCGUAUUCGUGCUAGAUUCAUGAUGCUCGUAAGUUAACAGAUGCUGUUGUCUGAUUUUGCGGAAACCAGUCAUAAUCUUAGCCCACUGGGAACAAUUUGGAGGGUAUCAAUGAAUUAAUUUAGAUUUGGAUAGGAGAUGGUGGAGAGUGGUGUGGACACAGAAAAGGUUGAGAAUUCAGGAGCCAAAUCCACUCAGAGUGGAAGCGAAGAAUCCGGUAUUCACAGGGAUCCCUCAUUUUCUCGCUGGUUUGAUGAAAAUGGAAGAGUGCAAGUUGAUAUAGAAAAUACGAAUGCCAAGGUAGAAGAAGAUCCUGACUUUGAAUUGCCUCUGCCCGAACAGGGAGAGCUAGAGAACAAGGGUUCAGACAUGGACAGGGACCGCAGCAAUAUAUCUCCAAGGGGGAGUAAGCGCUUGAACAGUGGUGAUACCUUAGUUAGUUCUUCCAUCCAGCUAGAUGGAAAUGAUCACGAAAAGCUUUUGCCUUUUGACGUUGAGAAGGCGUCUGCAAGGGAGCUACAGGACAUAGAUCACUCUAUUUCAGUGGAUGACCACAAGACAUUAUCCGCUAAUUCAAAGUUUCCGAUUUCUGCUGCAAGUGUAAUAAAAACAUUGUUCUUCGUACUAGUAUGGUACAUUUGCAGCCUAUUUUUGACCUUGUAUAACAAAAGUCUGUUAGGAGACAAUUUGGGAAAGUUCCCGGCUCCCUUAUUGAUGAAUACUGUUCAUUUUACAAUGCAAGCUAUUUUGUCGAACGGAAUCACGUGGUACUGGUCUCAUAGAUUCAAAACCAGUGUUACUAUGUCAUGGAGAGAUUAUUUUGCUAAAGUUGUACCAACGGCUCUUGGAACAGCAAUGGAUGUUAAUUUGAGCAAUGCGUCCCUUGUAUUUAUAUCUGUCACAUUUUCCACAAUGUGUAAAUCCGCUGCUCCUAUAUUUCUCCUUCUAUUUGCUUUUGCUUUUAGGUUGGAGUCCCCAAGCUAUAAACUUUCGGGAAUCAUUUUGGUUAUAUCCAUUGGAAUACUAUUAACAGUUGCGAAGGAGACUGAAUUUGAUUUCUGGGGAUUCAUUUUUGUCAUGCUUGCUGCUGUUAUGUCCGGUUUCCGUUGGUGUAUGACUCAGAUACUUCUUCAGAAAGAAUCAUAUGGUUUGAAAAAUCCACUGACUUUGAUGAGCUAUGUCACUCCGGUUAUGGCAGUGGUGACUGCCCUGCUCUCUUUUAUUUUUGAUCCAUGGGAUGAACUUCGAAGAAAUAAUUACUUCAACAAUCCGGAGCAUAUCAGUCGAAGUUGUUUGCUGAUGCUUUUUGGUGGAACCCUUGCCUUUUUUAUGGUAUUAACAGAAUUCAUUCUUGUGUCAGUGACCAGUGCUGUCACUGUCACAAUAGCAGGUGUUGUCAAGGAGGCUCUAACUAUAUUGGUUGCAGUCAUUUAUUUCCAUGAUGAAUUUACUACGUUAAAAGGAGUUGGACUCUUCACAAUUAUGCUUGGUGUCAGCUUAUUCAACUGGUACAAAUAUGAGAAAUUAAAGAAGGGUCAGACACGUGAAGAUGACAUUAAUGAAUCAGUCAUGGUGAAUAAUGCUGCAAAAUAUGUGAUCCUUGAAGAGGCAGAUGAGGCAGAUGAUCCUAGAUAAGAGCUUCAGGAAAGUUCAUAUUUGAGUCCACUUUUCAGUGAAGCGUGUGGCAAGAUACAUUUAGUCUGUCCAGCCUCAGAUAUUCAGCAAUUGUGUUCCAAGCUAUACAUUUACAGAGCUCCAAAUCAUUAGGAUUUGAGAACUUGCAGCUACUGCUAAUGAGUGAGAAAGGAAAAGCCACUUGAUAGGUUUUAGUAUAUACCCUGAGUGUCAUUGUUAGGAUGUGUACAUCUGGGUGACGGUCAAUUUGUUCCAUUACUUUCAGAAGAGGAUGUAGACUGCAACUGGCAAGCUACCCAGAAUUUUGUAUUCCAUCAUGCUAGAUGGAAUUGGGUCCAUUGCCCUUGUAUGUAUAUUACAAGUCACAAGCACAUUGUAUCCGAAUAAGAAUUAUUUGGGAGAAGUAUAUUAGAUUGCCGAUUUGGCGAUCAUCAUUCAUCAAGGAAAGUCU